AAAUAUUUAAUAAGCUCUCAUCACCAUUGAAUAUCAGUUACAUGUUUGUGUUCUAGUUUCCAUGCCAGUGUUUAAUCCCUUUCACAUUCCAAGUGGCCAAUCCCCUAUAAAAGAAAACGUCUCAAAGGGUUUUUUGAGCACCUUGUAGACACCCUUAUAUAUUCUGUCUUCACAGAUUUAUCUCCGGUCUAGUACUGCAACACGAACAUGGAGAAUAUUAAAGUGAUGGGUUUUACACUAUUCGUCUUCUCUGUUGGGUUCCUUCAUUUCAUCUCUUUGGCCUGUGGUGCACCACUUGCACCAGCACUGUUCGUCUUCGGCGAUUCGUUGUUCGAUAGUGGCAAUAACAAUCUCUUGCCAACCGUUUCGAAGGCUAAUUUCAAGCCUUAUGGUGUUGAUUUUGUCAGAGGAGAUACAGGAAGAUUCAGUAAUGGUAGAUUGGUUCCAGAUUUUAUAGCUGAAUUUCUGGGGCUGCCAUAUCCUCCGCCGUCCAUAAGCAUCCGGAAAUCCACACCGGUUACUGGUUUGAACUACGCGUCAGCAUCUUGUGGCAUUCUUCCUGAAACUGGACAGUUUUUGGGAAAAUGCUUGAGUUUGGAUGAUCAGAUUGAUUUAUUUCAGCAUACAGUUAAGUCAAGCUUGCCAAAGCACUUCAAAGGGAGGCCAAAUGAGCAAUCGGAGCACUUGUCGAAGUCUAUUUUUGUAGUUUGCAUUGGCAGUAAUGACUAUAUGAGUAACUACCUGAAGCCCAAGACAUCUGACACAAGCAAACAUUACUCUCCUCAAGCAUUUGCUCAACACCUUCUGGAUAAACUAUCAGCACAAUUCCGGAGGUUACACAGUUUAGGAGCCAGGAAAGUUGUGAUGUAUGAGAUUGGACCCAUUGGUUGCAUCCCCUCAAUGACAAGGAAAAAUAAACAUGAUGGAAAAUGUGUUGAAGAAUCAAACCAGCUUGUUGCUUACUUUAACGAUAAUCUUCUUGGAAUGCUUCAGAAUCUGACAUCCACUCUCCCCAACUCCAUUUUUGUUCGUGGUCAUGGGCAUUGGCUAGGCUAUGAUGCAAUUAUCAAUCCUUCUAAAUAUGGAUUACUUGACACAAGCAACCCAUGUUGCAAAACUUGGGCCAAUGGGACCUCUGCUUGCAUUCCUGAGCUAAAACCGUGCCCUAAUCCAAACCAGCACUACUUUUUUGAUGGUUAUCACCUUACUGAAACUGUAUAUUCAGUCUUAGCAGGGGCCUGUAUCAAUGAUAGAUCGGUUUGCUCUCCUACUCUAAGAGAACUUGUACAAAUGUAAGUUCUAUACCGAUUGGUAAUUGAAUUUUCUGUGUGAUGGGGAAUAUCUAGCAAGUAUUUAUACAAAUAUAAAUCAAAUCGAUCGGCUAGUUGAAAGCAUGCAUCACCAUUCUAUGCUGAAUAUUUCCAUGUGACAAGAGACAUGAUCAGACAAGUACUAGUCCAAAUUAUUACAGAGAUUAUAAAAUACAAUUGUGAUUAAUGUACACAACUUGUACGCUUCUACAGAUGUUAGAAAAUUAAACAAACAAUAUUUCCGUGUUCCUAGUGUGCCCUACGUUUAUAACCCAUGCAUUAAAAACAAAACCAAAGAAGUUCUAUGCUAUAUUUGGUUAAAGGACUUCACUUCCUAGUGGGGACAAAAUUGUGAGCCUGUCUUGUGCUCAAUGAAUGGGCUCUUUAUUAUUGAUCGGUGGCUUGCGUUUAGGUGGUCUUGUGGUGUAAUCUUUGUUCAUAAGGUUGACCAUUUCUCUUGUUGCAUCAAGAAGCCUUUGCAUUUCACUUUUUAGAUCAGUAGCACUACCUUGAGGUUCCUGGUCAAUGUCAGCCCUUGAAGGACUUUCCAAGCUGGUUUUGGUUGGCAACGCUUUGGAAUCCUCGGAGUUGGACUCUGGGAGAUGGACUGUCUGGUCAGUCCUUGGAGUUCCCAAUCUGGCAGACAGUGUCUCUCUCUCCAAAUUGCUCAUAUCCUUCUGCUGUGGGAAAAACAAAAGGUUAUUGUUAAUUAAUUAGUUGAAAGAGCUUACAUUAAAAUAUACCAAGAUUUUAUGUGUGUCGAAGAGAAAGAGAGAUA